ACCAUGAGAUGGAAUAACCUAACAGGACCUUCUGAAUUCAUCUUAAUGGGACUCUCCUCUAGAUCUGAGGACCAGAAACCUCUUUUUGUCAUAUUUCUUAUCAUCUACCUGGUCACACUGGUGGGAAAUUUGAUCAUUAUCCUGGCCAUCUAUUCAGAUAGUCGCCUACAGACCCCCAUGUACUUCUUUCUAAGUGUACUUUCUUUUGUUGAUAUUUGCUACACAACAGUAAUUAUUCCCAAAAUGCUGAUAAACUUCUUAACAGAGACAAAGACCAUCCUCUAUAGUGAAUGUCUGAUCCAGAUGUAUUUCUUCUUUGGUAACGUAGACAGCUACCUCCUCGGAGUCAUGGCCAUUGACCGUUAUGUGGCCAUCAGUAACCCCUUUCAUUACGUUACUGUCAUGAGCCAUAAAUUCUGUGUCCUUCUCCUGGCAAUCUCCUUUACAAUCCCAUUUCUUCACUCGCUUCUCCAUGUUCUCUUAGUCAAUAGACUCACCUUCUGUGCCUCCAACAUUAUCUAUCACUUCUUCUGUGAUGUCAACCCGAUGUUAAAGAUAUCCUGCUCAUCAACGUUUGUCAACGAGAUAGUGAUAAAAACAGAAGGACUGUCAGUCAUAAUGACCCCGUUUACGUGCAUCAUAAUUUCUUACCUGAGAAUCCUCAUCACUGUUCUGAAGAUUCCUUCAGCUGCUGGGAAGUAUAAGGCUUUCUCUACUUGUGGCUCCCAUAUCACUGUGGUAGUUCUCUUUUAUGGAAGCAUAAGCUAUGUCUAUUUCCAGCCCCUGGCCAGCUAUACUGUGAAGGAUCGGAUAGCAACACUUUUCUACACCAUACUGACCCCAAUGCUAAACCCAUUUAUUUAUAGUCUGAGAAACAAAGACAUGAAACAAGGCUUACGGAAGCUGUUAGUUAGGAUAAAGUCCCAAUGA